AUGAACGAAACACCCGUCCUCGUCAAGCAGAAGCGGCUUUCGACGCCCACGCCGGGCCAGCUGCUGGCUGCUCGGCAGCGUCCUGCUGAUGACUUUUUUGCUCACCUGGAGCCCGCAAAAGUUGUCGAAGCAUUAGCGCCGCCCGAUGGCGUUCUCAGGGGGUGCCUCGCAGAAGCGUCUGCGCUCGAGCGCGACUUCGCGAUGCGAACGGCCGUGGCAUCCCACAAGAUCUGGCAAUGGCUCAACGAGCUGAACCAGUGGAAUUGGCCAAGACAAGCGGGGUCCGGGGGCUUCCUGGAGCCGAGCAAUACGCAAAGGAAGCUUUUCGCUCAGGCCCCGACCCCUGAAGAGGCCGGAAGGAAGCAGUACAUGGGGAGCCUCCCCGCUGAAGAGGUGGAAAAAUACGAAACAAGAAUCAACCAAAUCAACAGAGACAUGGAUGACCUGGAUCUCGAGGAGAUCAAAGGCCACGUCAUGAACGACCACAUCCUACCGCUGUCAAGGCCGGGUACCCCAAUCAACAUGGACCCCAGUCGGUCGAUGCUAUCGGCCUUGUCGAGCUAUCACAAAAUGGAGGACAUUUCCGUCCUCAUCACCGCCAUUGUCGUGCAGACCCUUCCCAACUUGGCAAGGCUGUCUCGGCUGCUGCAGCUGUGGCAUAUGCGCAUCAUCGUCCUCCGGCACGUCAACCCCUUUCUGCAAGCCAUCCAAGAUGUGGAGGCGCUUCUUGGGGAGAAUUGGGAGGCCAUUUCUCAGUCUCACUGGGAGAUGGAGCGCCCAAGCCGGAAAGCCAUCGUCUUACCUGCUCGCACCCUGACGUCCAAAGACUUUGAAGCUAAAAGGCAGUCCCUUGCGCUCAAGGUUGCGGAGCCCGGCCGGACCCUAGAUUACAUGCUAGAUUGCUUGGAGGGCGCCCCGGACACCCUCCCGGACGAGUGGCUCACUCGUAUGGAAGACGUGGAACAGGGUUACGGAGAAUGGGUUUCCGCUUGCGAGCGAAAGAUGGCCGAGGCCAAGCUGGCAAAGUCAAAGCCCAAGCCCACCCCUCUCAGGAAGACCUCUUCGCUCUCGCCAUCUCCGACAAGGGCUCAUCAAUCCGCCAACAACAGAGAUGUGAGCCCGGCCAACAGUGGCAACAAACUCUCACCACCAUUGUUGCUGGUGCCCGGCACCGGCGAAUCGGAUCACGGAGCGUAUCUGGACCCCAUUGCAGAGGAUGAAUUGUCCUCGUCGGAGGACCAUUUCACGCCUGGGUCCGGGGCAAGCUCUUUCAAGAGCUCUCGCAAGCCAGGGUCCAUCGCUGAUGUUGAUGGUUCCUCUCCCGAGGAUCUUGCCAUGAUGGAGGCCAUCAGCGAAGAAGAGGAGUUGCCGUCGAGCGAGUUUAUUGAAGUGUCUGCAUCUCCCACUAUCCCCAAGAGUAGACUUCGCGAGGCGCCGUAUCCGGAAGACGACAGCCCGCCAAGCUCUCCUCCAGAAGUAAACCGCCGCCUCCUCGAUAGCCCCAUGGUUAUAGAAACGCCCGAAGACGAUGAGUCAUUUUUACAAUCAACAUUCGAGGAUUCCUUCUUGGACGACUUUGAGGAUUCCUACACUCCCGAUAUCCCUGGCCCGCCUACCCGCCGGGAAAGCGCCGGCGAGCAGCAGCUCCGAAUGCAAAUUAGCCAGAUUAUUGAAUCCAUACCAGCCAAGAUCAAGCUCACGAAUGGAACCUCGGGUAUCAACCUAAACCCACCAGAUCUUCAACUCCCUCGCUUAAGAAAGAAGCCGUCCAAGGAGCCAGUUAAGAGGAGCACAUCCGGCAUGUCCACGCGAACUGCCACGCCCUCUUUUACUCUAUCUCCCGUCAAACAGAGGACGCGCCCCAAGGGCAACUAUCCGAUUAGGGUCUAUCAUCUCUCUAGAUCGGAUAACGAGGCCCCCAUCAAGCUGUUCAUCCGCUGUGUAGGAGAGCACGGAGAACGAGUAAUGGUUCGCGUUGGUGGCGGGUGGGCUGACUUGUCCGAGUACUUGAAGGAAUACGCUAGCCAUCAUGGCCGCCGUUCCAACGGCAAAGAAACGGUAAAGGUGGAGGUUCGCGACAUUCCUCGUGCUUCAAAUAAACCUUCCAAGGCCAGCCCUCCAAGCCGGCCGCCUACCGCUACUGGUGAUCGCUCUUCUGUGAGCCCUCUAGCAGCAGCACGCAAGCCACGGAGGAGCAGUAUCAACAACAACCUUCGGCCAAAGACCCCAGUGACUCCAGGUCAACCGGCAGAAGGUACGCCACCAUCCGAGGGCUCGGCCGUUUCGAGGCCUAGCUCCCGUUUAAGCUGGGCAGAGGAUGAGAGCUCUUUCUUGGGUCUAGCAGGGCCCAAGGCUAAGAAGAUAGAGAUGAGUGAAGAGAGCAAGGCUUGGGUUGAAAGCAUCAAAGAGAAGGUACUCAUGGCUAGUGGCCCGGAUAAAAAGCCAAAUGAGAAGAAGUUUGGCGAAAUUGGAAAGGCCGGUGGCACGAAGCGGGUGUUUAGGAGAGCUUGA